AUGGCAGGUGAUGGAAGGCCCCCGCCUUAUCCCUAUGGCGGGGAAUAUUAUCCUCAUGAAAGGCGAAGAGGAGGAAAUAUUUGCGUUAGAUGCAUUUGUUGUUGUUAUUGCGUCCUAUUUUUCAUCGUCCUUAUUAUAGCGGCAAUCACCUUGUAUUUAUUCACAGUCUACGAUCCAAAAGCUCCAAUUUACAAAUUUGAAGCCCUAGAUGUUAAGGAAUUUGGGUAUAAUGAUUCCAACAUCAAUGCAGAUCUUAUCCUAACGUUGAAAGCUGAUAAUCCCAACAAGGCCAUAGGUUUUAUUUACGAGGAAGCUAACACCUUCAACGUUACAUAUAACGGUUCGACGAUUUGUUCAGGAAAAUUUCCAUCAUUCCAUCAAGGUCACAAGAAUAUGACUAUGUUACAAAUUGAAUUAAAGGGAAAAAAUCCAUUUGCAUUAGGGCUUUAUGAGUCAUUACAAGAUAAUGAAAGACAUGGGAAAGUUCCUUUAAUAAUAUUGGCUAAGGUACCUUUUAAACCUGUUUUGGGAGAUUCAAAAUUAAGGGAAUUCAAUAUUCUUGCAAAUGUCACAAUAUCUGUGCAUGAUAUGAAGCUAGGCAAGAAAACUGAGAUUGAACAAAGCAAAAUCAACUACUCAUUAGCAAAGUGA